ACGUUGUUUCCAUGCGGAGGUAUUUAGUGGGGUCAUCCGCCUGGAUUUGUUGUACUUGUAAAUAAUGUGGAUUUAGCAGUUGGUGUUUUAAUAUUAUUGCAUUAUUUCUUUAUUUGCUUUGGAUUACUCCUGCAUCCGCUGACAGCUGUCCACAGAUCAGGUCAGGACUGGUGUCUAUACUGCACAAUUAACCAUGAAUGUAAACCAAGGCACAGUCGGGAGUGACCCAGUGAUCCUCGCCACAGCUGGAUAUGAUCAUACAGUGCGAUUCUGGCAGGCACACAGUGGGAUAUGCACAAGAACUGUCCAGCACCAGGACUCUCAGGUGAAUUCACUGGAAGUAACACCUGACAGGAGCAUGAUUGCUGCAGCUGGUUAUCAGCACAUUCGUAUGUAUGACCUCAAUUCAAAUAAUCCAAACCCAGUAAUCAAUUAUGAUGGCGUUAGCAAAAAUAUUACGUCUGUUGGCUUCCAUGAGGAUGGAAGAUGGAUGUACACUGGAGGAGAGGACUGCAUGGCACGUAUAUGGGAUCUCAGAUCAAGAAAUCUCCAGUGUCAGAGGAUCUUCCAGGUCAAUGCACCUAUUAAUUGUGUGUGCCUCCAUCCCAACCAAGCUGAAUUGUUUGUUGGAGACCAAAGUGGUGUAAUUCAUAUCUGGGAUCUUAAAACAGACCAUAAUGAGCAGCUCAUCCCGGAGCCUGAAGUGUCUGUGAACUCUGUACACAUUGAUCCUGAUGCCAGCUACAUGGCUGCUGUCAAUAGCUCGGGUAACUGCUAUGUGUGGAAUUUGGCAGGAGGAAUUGGUGAUGAAGUGACGCAGCUUAUUCCCAAGACCAAAAUUCCUGCUCACAAGCGUUAUUCUUUGCGCUGCAAAUUUAGUCCUGACUCCACAUUGCUGGCCACCUGCUCUGCUGACCAGACAUGUAAAAUCUGGCGGACCUCAAACUUUUCAUUGAUGACGGAACUCAGCAUUAAAAGCAACAACCCUGGAGAGACGUCUCGUGGUUGGAUGUGGGACUGUGCUUUUAGUGGAGACUCACAAUACAUUGUCACUGCUUCUUCAGAUAACCUGGCACGUCUGUGGUGUGUGGAGACAGGGGAGAUCAAGCGGGAGUACAGCGGCCAUCAAAAAGCUGUGGUCUGUUUGGCCUUUAAUGACAGUGUGCUUGGUUGAUCAGAAUCUGUGACACCAUCUCCUAUAGUAGCUAUAUCUGAUGGAAUAAACAAGACUGAUAAAUAUAAUAAUUUUACAGCUGUUCCUAUCACUGAGUCAUAAUAUCAUUUAUUACAUCAGCCUGGGUUUCUGCAUUGAAUGAAGUGACAAUGUUAAAUGACAGUUAUCACAUAGAUCAAAAUAACUUUGUAUGUAGGGCCACAGCAUUAUGACAGAAAUGAUAAAUGUGGUAUAAUGUACAGUUGUAUCCAUGCAUUAAGUUAUGCAGGGCAGUCCGUAUAAGUGCCAGAGAUUCAUCACGUACAUCAUGUGUAUCUGACUCAUCAAACCAGUCGCAGAAGGAAACAUCAGAAAGUACAUACAGGAGUCCGCGUGGAAAUGUCAGUGAUUCAGUUCUCGUUUGUGACGUAUAACGGUCACAUCUGAGAUUGUCUGGCUCUGAUUUAUCAGGGAUCUUGCUAAAUGGAAUGUUUUUAUUGUAGCUUUAUUAAAAUAAGAUCAGUAUAUUGCACUUGAGGCCAGAACACACCAAUUCAAUAGACGCCAACCAAACGCAAAUGUACACUAGUGUUGAAAAGUUUGGAAUCACUUGCCGUAUUAAGAGGUUUUGUUAUUUCAUAUACAAUAAUAACUUGUACAGUGUGAAUUUAAAUAUUAAAAACGAUUCACCAAAAGCUAUUUUUAAGUGUUUUAUUCAGUAAGAGUUUGGUAAACAAUAAGACAAUACUAUGAUCUAAACAUUAUAUUGUAAUCAUAUUUUUAUGUACUUGUUUGACAAAUUAUCUGCAUUGAGAUUUGACAAUUUAAAAAAAAUAUGAUUUAAUUUUGUUUAUUAAUUUUAUUAUAAUUUCAUUCUUGAUGGCCUACAGCAUACUGAGUGAAUUUUAGAAUUUUGUAAGGCUCUGUUCAUCAUUCUGGACACAUCUAAAAUAUCUUAAUUUUUAUUUGCUGUUUUAGUGUCCUGCUAAUUGUUAGCAACCCAUGAGGUUGCAUGUUAGAAACCUUUCAUAUAUUUGUCUGCCCUCAAAUCAGUUUUAUAUUGUUGAAAAUAUUAAGUGAUUCCAAACUUUUGAAUGCAAGUGUAUGUGUAAUUGUUCACUCAUUCACACGGUCAGUUCCUUUUCAAAACAUAUUAAAGAUUGCUGCCUACAAUAGAAUGUUGGUGUUUGUUGAGUCUCUGACUUUACAGCCUAAAAUCAUGAAAGUAGUAUCAUGUAAGUGGUCAAUCCAUGCUCUGUCCACAAGUGCAUUUUCUCAACUGUUGAGGUUAGACAAGCUUUAUUGAACUCUUUUAACUUAAUGAUAAAUUGAAGUCUUGUUUCAAUCCAGGCAGAUUGGAAGUGACAACAGAAUUUUCCAUCAGUUUCUAUCACAUUUUAUCCUUGACUUUAUUACUCGACAAAAAGCAUCUGAACUAUCCUAACAGUGUAACCGUUCACAUUCAUAUACAAAAAUGAAAAUUUGAAAUUGAUAACCUUCUAAAUUUAUGUUUUGACAAGGUGCCAGUGUUAUGUAAACAUCAACUAAUGUCCUCUAAAAAGGAAUAAGAAAGAACAUACUUAAGAGCAUGGAUGGAUGGAAGCAUGGAUAGGCCAAUUACUUAUGCAGAUCAAAAUCAUGGUAAAAACUACAUGCAUUUCUGGUACAGACAUGUACAGAAGUCUCUAAAGAAGUAUGUGCUCAGUAUAGUAGUCAAGUGAUAGAAAAAUAAAGUCACAUUUCCGCUCUCUCAGCCAUCUCAAAUUAAGCAUUUGUGAUAUGGCUGGCACACACUGGUAUUAUGGUCUUACCAGUCUCCCCCCAGGUGGAUGCAUUCUUCUACAGGGAGAGUUCACAGGAACCCACAUUACCUGUUACAAAUUGUAAAA